CUCGGGUUACGGGUCUUUAGAAGGAGAUGCUGGAGCCGAGCCACUUGGCAGACUUUCAGGCAUCUGCAAGACUUUCUGGGAAACCCAUUUUUUCCGGGGAAAACCGCGGGUCCCAGCUUCGUUUCCCCAAAUGAGCAGAUCUGAUUAUUCCCGGCUGCCCCACCUGCAGGAGCGCACCUAGGGGCCGGGCGCUCCGCGGGGCUCCAUCACCCACAGCGGGCAACCUCGAGCCCCUCUCCGGACCCCCCCGCCUCGCCGGGGGCACUCCCCAGCUCUUUGCUCCCCAGGGCUGGAUUCGGGGCCGGGGGGGGGCUGCCAGGGGUGGGCGCGGGGCGGGCGCUCCCGGAGCCCUUCCCCCGGCCCGGCCCGCCGCGGGGCAGGGGCUGGGGCGCUCCGCGGGGCGGUGCGGAGCGGGGCGCGGUUGCGGAGGCUGCUGCUCGCCAUGCGGGCUGCCUGAGCCGCCGCCAACUUGCCCGGGGAAGGAUGGCCUCCAAUUUCAACGACAUCGUGAAGCAGGGCUACGUGCGCAUCCGGAGCAGGAGGCUGGGGAUUUACCAGAGAUGCUGGUUAGUAUUCAAAAAAGCUUCAAGCAAAGGGCCAAAGAGGCUGGAGAAAUUCUCAGAUGAACGAGCUGCUUAUUUUAGAUGCUAUCACAAGGUCACAGAGCUCAAUAAUGUGAAGAAUAUUUCACGAAUGCCAAAAAGCACAAAGAAACAUGCUGUUGGGAUAUAUUUUAAUGAUGACACCUCCAAAACCUUUGCUUGUGAGUCAGAUUUUCUGGGCAUUUAUACAGAACUUGAGGCAGAUGAGUGGUGCAAGGUACUGCAGAUGGAGUGUCUUGGAACACGGAUUAAUGACAUUAGUCUUGGAGAGCCUGACUUGCUUGCAUCAGGAGUGGAGAGGGAGCAGAGUGAGAGAUUCAAUGUGUAUUUGAUGCCAUCCCCUAAUUUAGAUGUGCAUGGGGAAUGUACCUUGCAGAUAACAUUUGAGAAUAUCUGUCUUUGGGACAUCCAGAAUCCCAGACUAAAACUCAUCUCUUGGCCAUUAAGUGCCCUCCGACGCUACGGGCGGGACCCAUCUUGGUUCACGUUUGAAGCAGGGAGAAUGUGUGACACAGGAGAAGGACUAUUCAUCUUUCAGACACGAGAUGGGGAAGCAAUCUAUCAGAAGGUUCAUUCGGCUGCUCUGGCCAUAGCAGAACAACAUGAGCGCCUGUUACAGAGCGUGAAAAAUUCAAUGCUGCUUGAGUUAAAACUCCCCUCAGGGGAAGCAGUGCUAGCGCAGGACCAGGGGAGCACAAAGUUUACUGCUUUGCAGCUUCAGAUGAAGAUGAGCGAGCGAGCCGUGUCCCUCAGCACCAUGGUGCCCUUGCCCCGCAGUGCCUACUGGCAGCACAUCACACGACAGCACAGCACUGGCCAACUCUACGGCCUGCAAGAUGUUUCUAGCCCAGUGAAGCUUCAUCGGACGGACACUUUUCCAACCUACAGAUCAGACCAUCGAUAAAGGACUGUGAAGAACUUUACAAACUCUUCUGACAAACUGCCCUGAUGGAUGACACUGAUGGCAAGCAAGGAUAGAAACACUGAAAAGUUCAAGUUGGAUGAAAAAUUCUUGCAGUACAAUUUUUUUUUUCAAACUUUGUCAAAAGUUAAAAUGAUUCUGUAGAUACUGAGGAGGGGAAUGCAACCAUCAGACCCUCCAGUGUUUCUUUUGUAUCUUACAGCUGGACAGAGAAGUCACUCCCUAAAUAUUUCCAAAUGUUUUUUGUAUAAGUAUGUUGUAAAUAUGAGACUCUCCUGUUGUGGUGUGGUUCCAUUUUGUCUGUUACGGCUGUUGGUUCCCUGAUGUCAGCUGUCAUCCUUGUCUGUUGUAAUGCUUAUCUUCAGUUAUUGACAUUACCAUUCAGCAUAACCCCUGACCUUUGAAAUAGUGGCCAGUUUUGAGCAGCUAUUGGAUACGUUUUUUUUUCCCUGUUUGAAGCCUGAUGGAAACUUGAUUGAUUUCUUUUGAAAGCACACACUCUAUCUUCUACUUCCUGUAUUUAUUUCCAUCUCUGUAAAUGUUUAAAAUAAAAAUAAUUCCGACUUAA